AUGAACAUACCUCGGAAGCCCCUCAAAGGCGUCUCAAACACUUCGCUGACGCUGCCGAGAUAUGCAGCGACUAUAGACAGUGAACCUCCUCGUCAGUCCAAAACUCCAACCUCGAAUUCAAACUCCAAGGCUGUCGACGACUCUGCAACCGAGACUACUAGUCUCACCUCGGCCUUGGCCAAAAUCGAUACUAUCAAGAUUAACGAAAAUAGUUACAGCUGGACAUGGGAGAUACUGGCCGUCGUUGUCAGCAUCGCAGCCUUGAUCACAGUCACUGUCCUGCUAUCGGUCUACGAUGGAAAGCCACAAGCAACAUGA